AUGGCUCCUCAUCUCAGCCAUGAAGACUUCUUCUCAGCUCUCACAACCCUUCUGGAGAAGACCACUGGCAAGGCACGGGGAACAGUUCUGCUGACCCAGAAGCCUUUGCCUACCUCCGAAGCCAAUGCCUCACCCUCAGUCCUUAUCCGCGCCACGGAUGCAAACAGCAAUGCGCCAAACCCCAAAUCCGCCGACAAGGGCAAGAUCACCAAGGACAAAUCCACAAAAGUCAAAAUUGGCACAGUCGUCAAGUCAGAAGAGCUGGAGCAAUUCUACACACGCUACGCUGAAAUUUGCAAGACUCGCAUGACUGGAUUGAAGAAGCGAGAUCGCAAGCGUAAGGCCAAGGCCAAGGGUGGAGCUGCGAAGACUGCCAAAGCAUGA